GCCUUGAGCCUUCUCUCUUUUUCUCCAUUCUUCCCUCUACUGACUGUUGUGAGACUUUAAAAAAAAUUAAAUUUUUUUGCUUUUUACAUGGACCAAGAAAUUUGGAAGAGAAGAGUUUCUUAGUUCUGCAAUGUUAUUUUUGUUAAUGAAAGAUUGAAUUUUGAUGGGUAGGUAGCAAUUGGCUUUGCUCUAUCAAAAAAAUCAUAUCUUUGUUGCUUUGGAUUGCUUUUACAGUGAUCAAGGCUCUACGUCAUUUAGAGUAAGCUAGUUGCUUUACAGUUUUCUGCUUUGGAUGUGUAGCAUGUGUCACUACUGUGGUGCCCAACUGCCAAAAUCAGAGGACGAAAAGAGGAAACCAAAUAAUGAGAAUUCUUUAAAAUUAAAUGGUGAAGGGCACAAUUGGUCUUGUAGAUUUUGUCGGGAGAAGCAAGAACAAGGACAUUUAAAGCAGGACGGUUCGAGUCCUACAUCACCAAUGAUCAGUCCAACAACUUCGUUGUCCAGUAGCGAUAGAUCUGUUUCAAGCUGCAGUGAUCUGUCGGUUGAUAUAAGCUCAUAUGACCGGGCGAGUCAAGAGGAAGGAAGAGUAGACAGAGCUCGGGAGGAUGUCAGUUGUGGGCUUAACGGCCAACCGCAUAAAUCAAGUUUGGAAGCUUCAGUAAAUGGAGUACACAGAUCAUAUGAAGUAACAGAAAACAAUUUGGAGAAAAGCCAUAAUGGCAGUGACAGGGAGAUUGUGAGAGAUAUUGAUAUAAUGGAAACUGCUAAUGGACAAGAAACAAAAGAUAAUUCAUCUCAGAAUCCUGUUGAAUCCUUAAAUGAAGGAAAUGAGGCUUUUUGUUAUGGUGAUGAUGAAAUCAAUGCACAGGUUUGGGACCCUCCUGAAGCAGAGGAUCCGGAAGAUGACCUGGAGGGUAGUGUGGCUUGCAAUGAUGAUGAUGAUGAUGAUGAAUGUGGUGAUGGCACAAAAUGGGGCAAGCCAAGUUCUUUGAGCUGCUGCACGGAUGAAGGGAGUGGGAGCUACAGGUUCAAAGAAGAAAAACAAAAAGCAAUGGAGGAGGUUGCAAAUGGGAAGUUUAAGGCCAUCGUCAGGCAACUUCUUAAAACUGCAAGUGUUGGCACCAUGGUGAAAGAUUUUGAAAGUUGGGUGGAUAUAGUUAGCGUUUUAUCAUGGGAAGCUGCUUCAUUUUUGAAACCUGAUGCAAUUGAUGGGAAAGGAAUGGAUCCAGAUGGCUAUGUGAAAGUGAAAUGCAUUGCAACAGGCUCACGUAAUGAAAGUCAAGUAGUUAAGGGCUUAGUCUUCAAAAAGCGUGCUGCUCACAAGCACAUGCCAACUAAUUACAAGAACCCAAGGUUGUUGCUGAUCCGGGGAGCGCUUGGUCAGUCUUUAAGUGGCUUAUCAUCAUUUAAAUCAAUGGAUCUGGAAAAGGAUAAUCUGAAAUCGCUUAUGGACAUGAUAGAAAUGUGCCAUCCAAAUGUGGUUUUAGUAGAAAAGUCUGUCUCUCGUGAUCUUCAGGAGUCUAUACUUGCUAAAGGAAUCACAUUGGUGUAUGAUAUGAAGUUACAUCGCCUAGAAAGAGUUGCUCGUUGUACUGGUUCACCAAUUUUAUCAUCUGAUACUUUGCUGGGUCAAAAGUUAAAGCAGUGUGACUCCUUUCAUAUUGAAAAGUUUGUGGAGGAACAUGCUGGGUUGGGUGAAGGGGGAAAGAAACCAAGUAAGACGUUGAUGUUCAUUGAGGGCUGUCCUACACGCCUGGGUUGUACUAUUUUGCUAAAAGGAAGUCAUAGUGAUGAAUUGAAGAGGAUCAAAUAUGUGGUGCAGAUUGCAGUCAUCAUGGCAUAUCAUUUGAUUCUUGAGACUUCAUUUCUUGGUGAUUGGAAAACCAUGUUCUCAACUGUAAUGUUACCUGGGGCAAGGGAUCACGACUCAUCUAUUUUAGAAACCAGAGAUUCAAGCAUUCCUUCUGUUGAGGAGUCUAUUGCUGAAACUGGGCCAGCUACAGUUGAUAUUCCCAUUUCUAAUGGAUUCCAUGCAGAAGGUUCCCAUGACAUGGGAUUGGAAGGCCAUUCCAUGUCUUAUGUGCCAUAUAAUCCUGUCAUUUUUUCUGGGUUCUCCUCUCUUUCAGCAUCUCUUAAGAAAGUUAUAGGGGACAGUUUCCCUCUUGCCUCCUCUGUGCCAUAUCAGUCCCUGGCUAAUUACUUUGGUUUGAAUAUAAAAGAAGCUAAUGAUCAAAGCACAGAAGAGGUACCGGUUUUGGAAACUUUGGAAGCUUCUAACCAUUGUGAUAUGGAAUCUAAAGAUGUUUCUGAUGAAGAGAAAUUACUUGAUGGUGGACAGCCUCAGUCUUUCAGUUGCUGUAAACCCGUUGACGGAGAAAAUGAUGUUGACAAUAAAUACCAAGUUCAGAAUAAGGAUGGUGUCAAUUCUGUGUUGGAUUCUCAGAGUAUUUUGGUUUUGAUGUCAAGUCGGAAUGCCUUAAGGGGGACUAUGUGUGAGCAAAGCCAUUUUUCUCAUAUUAUGUUCUACAGGAAUUUUGACUUUCCUCUGGGGAAGUUUCUUUGGGAUAAGUUGCUCAAUCAGAGACGCCAGUGCACCACUUGUGGUGAAUUGCCAGAAGCUCACUUCUACUAUUAUGCACAUCAUAAUAAGCAGCUUACAAUACGAGUUAGACAGCUUCUGAAGCAUUUGCCUGGAGAAGCGGAAGGAAAACUUUGGAUGUGGAGUCGCUGUGGUAAAUGUAAAAAUCGGAAUGGAGUAAGAAAAUGUACAAAAAGAGUCUUGAUUUCCACUGCUGCACGAUGUCUGUCCUUUGGAAAAUUCUUGGAGCUCAGCUUUUCUCAGCACACUUCAUCUGUUAGAUUGUCUGGCUGUGGCCAUUCUUUGGAGAGAGACUUCCUCUACUUCUUUGGAUCAGGCCCACUGGCAGCAAUGUUCAAAUUCUCUCCAGUUACAACUUACACUGUGUCUCUCCCACCUCAGAAGCUGGAGUUCAGCCAUUCAAUUAGAUAUGAUGGGCUCAGGCGAGAAUUUGGAAAUGUGCAUUUGAAGGGGAGGUUACUUUUUAGCACAAUUGCAGACACUUUGAACAAGUUAAGAUCUCAAUUUGUAGGCUCUAAUCUGAACCUUCGUGGGCCAUUAAAAGAAUUUUCUGAUAUUGAAGACAUGUUGAAGCAGGAAAGUUCUGAGUUCGAGGCUAGCAUUGACAAUGCUGUUUGUAAGAAUGGAAAUACAAACAAGGCUGAUUACAAGCUUCUUAGCAUAAAUCGAUUGUUAUGGGAACUUCUUCUGGAAUCGUGCAUUUGGGAACAGCGGCUGCAUUCACUGCUCUUACCUGAUCGUUCUUUGGUUCACACUGGUGCUAUUGAGAAAGCAGUGGACAACCAAGUGAAGUCAAAGAUGAGUGGCACCAUUGAUGGAAGAAAUGAAGGGACUGAAAUUGUUUUGGAUGACAGAAGUGGUGAGUUGAAAGAUAUGUUGGGUAAUUCUGUUGAAGCAAAUGGAUUUUCAAUAAAGGAAAUUUCAGUGGAUGGUCUUGUUCAAGAGUCUAGAGUACAAGAUCAUCUUGAUAACUCAUCUCCUUUUGCUGAAGAUGUUGAGAGGUUAAAAGUGGAUGGUUUAAGCCAGAACAGAUCAUCCAGCCCUCAGAUAUCUGAGAAACCUAAUGGUUCUCAUUCUGGUGAUAGUAGUUGCCAAGCAGACAAUUUAGCUUUGUCUGGGGAUUUAGAAGUGGAAAAGGCCAUUCCAAUUGCCUCAGAUACUGGAAAUAGUAACUCUGUUAUCGUAUCAGAUGAAUCUAGAAAGGGUACAUCUCUGCAUUCAGUAUCAUCCAGUUUAGAAAACUCUAGUGGAUGGUUCUGGAUGCCAUUUUCAGAAAUCCGCCAGAUAUACAUGGAGGAUCUUGAGAGAGGUUUCAUGCCUAAAUUUCAGUCAAUCGGUAGCUAUAUACAAGAACACAUAUCUGCAGCCUACCAACUAAUCAGCGAGGAAGGACAAAGGUUGCACAUCCCUCUUGGAAUUGAUAAUUAUAUUGUGAGAGACUAUGAUGGUGAACUAUCUAGUAUAAUUGCAUGUGCUUUGGCAGUUCUGAAAGAUGUACCUGUUUCACUGGAGUUUUUUAGUGAUGAUGGUCGGAAAGAGGGUGGCGCGUCUGCUAAAUCAACUGAUAGUUUACAUAUCUCGACUGGAUUUUCCACCAAAGUUUCUUCAUAUUGGUCUUCGAAUAGUUCUUCUGAUUCAGAUUCAUUCCAUUCUACAUCAAGUGUUUCUCCAGGAGAGUCACGCUUCUCUAGCUUUGAUGGGAUCAAUUUGUUGGAGUCUCUGAUUCCUCCUGAGAAUGUUAGCCCUGAAGUCUCUCUCGGGGUUACAAAGUCACUUGGAAAGGGUAAAUAUUCAGUAAUUUGUUUAUAUGCGAAGCAGUUUCGUGAUCUGCGGAGUCGGUGCUGCCCAUCAGAGGUAGAUUAUAUUGCUUCUCUUAGUCGUUGUAGGAGCUGGGAUGCUAAAGGUGGAAAGAGCAAAUCCUUUUUUGCUAAAACACUUGAUGAGAGGUUCAUAAUAAAGGAAAUCAAGAAGACAGAAUUUGAGUCAUUUGUUAAGUUUGCUUCUCAUUAUUUCAAGUACCUGAAUGAGUCAUUUGAGUUGGGGAACCAAACUUGUCUAGCUAAAGUUCUUGGGAUUUAUCAGGUGAUCAUCAGACAGACAAAAAGUGGAAAAGAGAUGAGGCAUGAUCUGAUGGUUAUGGAGAAUCUGUCCUUUGGUCGAAAUAUCACUCGUCAGUAUGAUCUUAAAGGUGCUCUGUAUGCUCGAUACACUUCAGCUGGUGAUGGUUCAGGAGAUGUUCUAUUAGAUCAGAACUUCGUCAAUGAUAUGAAUUCCUCUCCACUAUAUGUUAGUAACAAAGCAAAGCGUGUCCUGGAACGUGCUGUUUGGAAUGAUACAGCUUUCCUUAAUUCAAUCAAUGUAAUGGAUUAUUCGUUACUUGUUGGGGUAGAUACCGAACGACGAGAGCUUGUAUGUGGGAUCAUCGAUUAUCUUAGGCAGUACACGUUGGACAAGCAACUGGAAACGUGGGUGAAGUCUUCCCUUGUUGUUCCGAAGAAUGUGUUGCCGACCGUCAUCUCUCCAAAAGAGUACAAGAAAAGGUUCAGAAAGUUCAUGUCUACACAUUUCUUGAGUGUCCCAGAUAAUUGGUGCUUGCAGAGAUCCUCUGAACCUUGUCAACUUUGUGGCAUCUCUUCUCAAUCAGAGUCUGAAAAGCAAGGAGGAUUAAAUGGGUUUUCUGAGUAGUUGAUGUUUGUAUGGCUCAUGAUUUUUGCUGUAAAUAGAACUUUGUCACAGUUAUAUGGUUAUCACCCCAUUAUUUGGCGAUUUUUAGCAUAUUUGUGGGGAUAGUUUUGUUCUUAUAGGUCUGUCUUUGAUUUUAUCAGCCAGAAAUGCUUGUGAAUUUUGUAAAUUCCAUUGAGAAAGUGUAGAGAGCCGCGAACUGGCUAUUUCGAAUCAAUGAAAAUAUGCUUCUAUUCA